CUUUCGCGUCUAUUUGGUACGCAAACAGUUAAAGCAAAAAAAAAACAUUUUUUACUAUUUUUCUACGUUUUGUAAAUGAAUACACAAUAAUAGAUAAUGCUCCAAAGCAUAGUUUGAACCAAUUUGAUAACGUAACCUGUGCUGGACGCCCACCUGCUUGGCCCGCGAAAAAUCCAAUCACAAAACUGAAAGGCCAGCAGCGCCAGCACAAAAUGGAAAGGCACCAACAACAACAGCAACAAAAACAACGACAAUAGGCAACAGAUGUAACCACAACCAGGCCAGCCAGCAUGUCGUGGCAUUUGUGAGCAGAGAGCGCGCCAAAAACUUUUCAGCCCAAGUUUCUUAUUAUUUAACCAACGCCUCCCGCACUGCAUCAAACCGGCCUCGUUACCCGCCCCCGCCCAGUACUCACGUCCAGUAGUUUACGUUAAAGGCAGCCGAUGAUGCAUAUCAAGAGUUUGCCGCACGCACAUCAGGCUGCCGCGGCAAUGAGCAACUGUGACAUUGUCAUUGUUGCAGCGCAACCGCAGACCACCAGUGCCAGCAACAACAACAAUGAUACGGUCACACAAGCCAGCCAUGCGGCUGCUGUGGCGCACGCACAACAUCAACAGCAGCAGCAGCAACAACAACAACAACAGCAGCAGCAACAACAGCAACAACAGCAACAGCAGCAGCAGCAGCAACAACAACAACAGCAGCAGCAGCAGCAGCAGCAACAACAACAACAGCAGCAGCAACAUAAUCAACAGCAACAACAACAGCCGCCCCCGCCCACAGAAAUAACACUGCCGUUCAAUAUGCAUUUGAGCGGCAUUACUGCGGAGGCGCACAGUGCCGCUCAAGCGGCCGCUAUGGCAGCUGCGCAGGCCGCGGCAGCGCAAGCAGCCGCAGCAGAUCAACAGCCGCCAGCGGGAGCACCGCCACCAACAUCGCAUGCGCUGGCCCAUUUGGUGGCCACUGCAACGCAUAGUCCGACAACGCUUAGCGCUGAGGGCCACUAUGUGAGCAAUGGUCAUAACGAUCAUGUCAACGAGGGCAACGGGUCGAGCAGCAGCGGUGGUGGUGGUGGCGGCGGCGGUGGAGGACGUGACCAGGAGAAGCCGUUUCAUUGCACGGUUUGCGACAGACGCUUUCGCCAGCUUAGCACGCUGACGAAUCACGUGAAGAUCCAUACCGGCGAGAAGCCCUACAAAUGCAACGUUUGUGAUAAGACUUUCCGUCAAUCGUCCACGCUGACCAACCAUCUGAAGAUUCACACCGGUGAAAAGCCGUACAAUUGCAACUUUUGUCCCAAGCAUUUCCGUCAGCUAAGCACCUUGGCCAAUCAUGUGAAGAUCCACACGGCCGUUCGAGUGCGUCAUAUGCAAGAAACAAUUCCGGCAAUCCAGCACGCUCAACAAUCACAUAAAGAUCCAUGUCAUGGACAAGGUCUACGUUCCUGUGAAGAUCAAAACGGAGGAGGACGAGGGGUGACUAGGACGAAUGGCGUUGGCGCAACAUCAUCAACAUCUUCAUCAGCAGCAGCAGCAACACCAUCAGCAAUCGUCAACGCCAUCGCAGCAGCAACAACCACAACAACAUCAGCAACAACCACACCACCACAUCGAGCAUCAGCACCAGCGAGGAGUUACUAUAACAACGCUUCCAUCUACUACAACAGUAGCCCAGCAUCAGCAGCAGCAACAGCAGCAGCAUCUGUCGCAUGGCAAUGGCAGCUCGCCGCAUCCUCAUUUCAAUGUGGCCGCUUUGAGUGAUCUGUCCAACGCCAUGCAGCUGGGUGCUGUCACAGCGGAUGGCAACUUCGUAACCAUGGGCGGUGUUGUAGUGGGACGCAUACAACAUCCGAGA